AUGCGGACCACUGUUCUACAUGCGUCGACUUCUGGAAUUCGCGCCUGGCAGCGUCACUCUUCCGUCGGACGGCUGGCCGAGCCACUUCUUCGUCACAUAUCCUCAACAACAGUCCGCGCCGCAACACCUCUCCCCAUCACAGCCACUGGACCUCCUCCCAGUGCCCCUGUCCCGACUUCACCCCAAUAUGGCGAUCGAGUUGAGGAGCGGCGGAGGAAAGCUGAAAUGCUCAAGCGCGGGAAAGAACUUCGAGUCAGUCCGUCGGCGCAAACAAACCCGUUGAAGAAAAGAUUCUGGAAGGAAGUAUAUGUCAAGGAAGUCCCCGAAGGAUAUCAGGUUCACCUGGACUCGAGGCCUGUACGGACGCCGGCAAAAUCUAUCCUCACGGUCCCCCGAUCCAAACCUCAUCUUGCACAUGCGAUAGCGAUUGAGUGGGAUAUGUUAGAAUCAGCCCAGCAAGCAUUGAAGAAUCACAAUAUCCCUAUAACCUCAAUAGUGGCACGAGCACAGGACAUAUUGGAGUCGGAAGCAAGGGGGGAAAUGAAAAUUCGAGAAGAGAUCACCGCUGUCAUGAUGCGAUAUCUGGAUACGGACACGUUAUUGUGCUGGGCCCCGGAACAGACGGCACACGAUGCGGCGCAGUUAGAAAUGCAAUCAGACCGUGCAGAAUCAUUACGAGACAUUCAGAUCAAGACUGCCAAGCCAAUCAUCAGCUUCCUUAAUACGUCCGUUUGGCCUGGUGUUGAGAUCAGGCCCGUCCUCGAUGAAGGUAGUAUCAUGCCCGCUCAGCAAUCGAAAGUCACCAGAAGCGUAAUCAGGGGAUGGAUUUCGGGACUCCCGGCCUACGAGUUAGCAGGCCUUGAACGGGCAGUACUGGCUGGAAAGAGCCUUCUGGUCGGUACGAGACUUUUGAUUGAGUGGAGUGAAGAGUUUCGGGAUCUGCAACGAAGUGGCGAGAAGCGAUUUGGCAUUGAGGAAGCAGCUGAAGCUUCUAGUCUGGAAGUCCGAUGGCAAACUGGAAUGUGGGGAGAAGUUGAAGACACCCACGACGUGGAUAAUGAGGAUAUUAGACGACAGCUGGGAAGCGCAAUUCUGCUCGUUAGCGGCAAUCGAUGA